CACGUGGCACUUGUAUUUAGGGCACCUUGAUUCUAGGGUUUGGGGAUUUUAUUUAUUUUUUGACCUCUCUUGUGUUCUUCGUCCCCCGCCGUGAUCUUCGAUGGCGCGAUUGGUUGUUGCGAUUGCCCUGGCCGCGAUCUUUGCGGCGAUUGCUGGAGCUGAGGUGAUCUCGCUCAACGAUGCUACUUUCACUGAUAAGGUGAAGGAGCAAGACACGGUGUGGUUCAUCAAGUUCUUCGCGCCGUGGUGUGGCCACUGUAAGCGAUUGGCCCCGACCUGGGACGAGCUCGGCAAGGCGAUCGAGAGCGAGGCCGGUGUGGAAGUCGCGAGAGUGGAUUGCACGGUCGAUCGAGCGGUUUGCGAGAAAGCUGGAGUUAACGCUUACCCGACUCUCAAGAUUUUUUACAACGGCGAAGAAGUGAAGAAGUACUCGGGAGCUCGCGAUCUGGACUCCCUUAAAAAGUUCGCCAUCGAUUCGGCAGCGGAGAUCUCCAAAGCCAAGCUCGAGAACGACAGUCUUUAACUCGACGAGUGAAUUUAACGUAGAAAUAAACAAGCUAGACGCUGUAGAUAAGAACAGAUUGAUCAGUUCACAGAUUGAGAUACUACCUUAAGUUCUCCAGA